UCAAUACACAUCACACGGUGUUUAGUAAACCAUGGGUAAAUUCAGCCUCUCGCGGCUAAUAAUGUGCGCCAAGUACCAGAGGUUGACCUCUGAAGAUUAUCUACGGCUUGGCCUCUGUGAUCCCAUAUCUUGCCCAGAUUGCUCGGAAGGGAACGGACAUUAUGUGAAAAAUGAAAAAAUGGUUGAGAAGAACAACAACUUGUUAUUAAACAACCAGCUGAGUGAAGAGAAAUUAAACCUCCCCAACCCUCUCCACAAGAUCGUAAACAAUCUCCAAGAUGAAAACAUUACUUGCAACAAGUGUAAAGAACUAGUGAACACAACCCAUAUCAACUGUAGCAAGGAUAAAGUGAAGAAAAAAGGUUUUGUAAACCUGGGGUUUGUUGAUGCUCUGACAGAACGGUCCAGCUGGUAUCAACCCUACCUUCAGAGAGAAAUAGCGGUGAAAAUCCUCUCCGAUUGUCCGGUGGGAUCAUUUUUAGUCCGAAAUUCUCAAACCCACCAAUCUUCAGGAUGUCUCGCGCUCACCGUCCGAGUUCCAAAAAGCUUUAACGGAACCGGUAUCCUUCAUUAUCUAAUCCAAGUCCAAGAAUCCGGAUUUAGGAUAAAAGGAUUUACAAAGGUUUUCCCCAGCCUUCCUGCUCUAGUCGUUCAUCACUCAGUGAUGAAGGAAAACCUUCCCUGCAGACUUAUAAUAGAGGAUGAGUCAAGUGGUGAAAGUGAUCGAGAAAGUGAUUUUGCAGACUUGGAUUCGGACCCAGAGUAUCCUGAUAUACUUCACAGGUUGAGAGCACAACUCUCUCAAUAAAUCAGUAGACCCGGAGAAGAUUUGUCCGUUUGACCUUCUGGACACAUUCAUGUAUAGAGAAACCAUCAUCCACUCAUUCAUUCAUCCUUGAUGGGGCUUCUAUUCAAGGGGUGGGAUGAUUGAAUGAUCUGAUAUACUUGUAAGCAGGGUUGAAUACCUAUCAACCUAUUCAACUAUACAAACAUCAAAUUCAUACAGAAUAUUUUAAAGAUUAUGCCAGCUUGGCAAUUUCUAGUCAUUAUGCAUACUGUAUCCUUGUAUCCUUGUAUCCCUGUAUCCUUGAAUCCCUGGAUCGAUCUUGUAUCCUUUUUUAUCCAAAUAACUAAAUCCCAUUUGAAAUUUUAACUUUACAUUAAAGUAAAAGUUUAUAAUUUGCACCGUUCCCAAUUCCAUUCCCCGCCGUGUACUCCCGCCGUUUAUUACCGCCAUUUUUACCCGCCGUUUGUAUGUUAAUCUACCUCUCUAGUUGAGUUUUCUUGUCUCCCUGUGAAUUAAUAUUGUGUAUGCAGGCUGU